UGCAAACCGACUGAAUUAUCAGGAAGCACUUCCGGCGGGUCAAAAUGGCCGCGACCGUUCAAGACUCACGUGUGAGCGCGGGGAAAAAGCUGAAGCGUUCCCUGAAGAAGAAGAAAAAGAUGAAACUGGUAGCUAAGGAUGAGGUGUCGAAUCGGGAAGAUGGGCUCAAAGAGUCUUCCGACGGAGAAGGUUCCAUAGGAAGCUGGGAAUCAGAAAUGGACCAGUUGUCAGAUGAUGGCGCAGUAGAAGCCGACAGUGAGGACAAUGUUGAAUCCUGUGAGGAAGAAAAUGACGAGGCUGCAGAACCAAGUGCUGGGACUAAUUCUGGCUGGGCAGAUGCCAUGGCUAAAAUCCUUAACAAAAAGACUCCGAAAAGUAAACCCACCAUCCUCACCAAAAACAAAGAGCUGGAGAAGGAGAAGGAGAAACUAAAGCAGGAGAGGUUGGAGAAGAGGAAGCAGCUUGAUAAGAAGCGGGAGUGGGAAAUGAUGUGCAGAGUGAAGCCAGAUGUUGUCAACGACAAAGAGGCAGAGAGGAACCUUCAAAGGAUUGCAACGAGGGGUGUGGUGCAGUUAUUCAAUGCAGUUCAGAAACACCAAAGGAAUGUCGGUGAAAAGGUUAAGGAAGCAGGAGGCUCCAUCAGGAAGCGAGCUAAGCUGAUGUCAACUGUUUCCAAGAAGGAUUUCAUCAGUGUUCUUCGAGGAAUGGAUGGUACAAAUGAGAACAGUUCUGCUGGGAAGAACCUAAAAGCCAGACAGACUGAAGUGAAGUCAGAAGAGGGCCCGGGGUGGAAGAUUCUGCGAGACGAUUUCAUGAUGGGAGCCAGUAUGAAGGACUGGGACAAGGAGAGCGAUGAGCCUGCCGCCGGCGGGGCGGGGUCGGUCAGUGAGUGAGCAGACUGGACGGACUCUCCUGCCCCCUCCAAAACGUCAGCUCCGACUGCUGUUGGCAGCCAGGAGGCCUCUGUUGAAUCCCCGGACUGCGGAGAACACCUACUCCAGUGCGCCUCCUUCCUGUGCGCGCUGCAGUCAGAAUCUGUUUUUAAUCCUCCUGUAACUUUAAGCAUUUUCAAAAAAUAUAUGUACAAAGGAUUAGGUUCCUUUCUUGAGCAGUAAGAUGUGCGUUUCUCUAGAAUCCUUACAUGUGAGCACAUACAGAUCAUACACCAGUGUUUCUCAUGUGUAAGCCCAUUUAUGUGACUUUGAUGUAUGAUUUUUUGGUGUACUCAUAUCCAUAUAUCUAUUGUGGGGCGUGAUUGAUGUCACUUAUGUUGGUAAGCCUUUAAGAAAACCUAUGUAGUAAAAUUUCAAAUUGUAAUGUUUUUUUAUUUGAAUUUUAGAAACACUGAUAAAGCUGUCAAUAUCCGUCCAAGAUUCCCCUGGACUUUGCUCGUUACAAAAUUUGAAAGGAAAUAGGUCCUGGAUGUGACGUGUUCUCUUUUGAGAAGGGUUCAUCUCUGUCCAUCUUUCCAUAAAGUGAGCCCCCCACCACCACCUGUGUGCACACACUUGCAUAUGCUUUGCGCUGAACCUAACCCUGCCCAGGGUGUGCUGGACCACAGAUGUUGAUGUCUUUAGAUCACUUUGAGUGCUGCAGAUGUUCUAUGACUACAGGUGAAUUAGCCCCUGGCUGGAGUUUGCCAUUAAAUGAAGAGGGAGGACUCACCCAUAGUAUA